UAAGCCGCUCCUGCGGCACACCGGGGAAAGUCCACCGGAGCUGGUGCAGGGCGCGGAGACACAUGUCGGAGAUUCUCUCGGACUCGGUGAUCCACGGAGGAUCGGAUGCACGCACCGACUGCUGCUGCCACCUCACAAUCGCAAACACCAACUGGAAUUCGAAUAGAAAAGACGACCUGACCGGUACGACACGCAUCUGCUGAGUGCACAGUGAUGUCUGCUGCCAGUUACAAAUUUCUGUUCCUGUGAGUGAGGCAGUGAAUGCGGACCCAAUCGUUCCUCCAGCUUGGACAAAGAGACCUGAAUUGACUAUCAAGGUCUGCUGUGGAUAAAACAACAUUUCCCAUAAAGGAAAGUGUUUUUGUACAUAUCUCCAGUUGUCAUGGUAAUGUCUCUCAAGUGACCUGGGAGACCUGCAGGUGUACAUCCAAAGUGACCUCUGCUAAAGCCCCUGCACUUGCCAGUCCCAAGAGUGUCAGCUGUCAGUGAAGGUGACACGGGUUGAAAGAAUUCUUAAGUGGAUUCUUUUUCCUCGGCGGUGGUGGCUGCUUUAGGCAUCAGGCUGGGAGUGGCAGCAAGAUGCCUGAACUGGACGAUAUUCCCCCCCUGAGGGGACCUAGAGGCCCUGACAUGGGCCUCCAUGGUCCCGCUGACCCAAUUCAGAUUCAGCACGGGAUCCUUGAAGAACAAGUGGAGCUGUGGUGGUUCAGAGAACCCGGGAAGUCUCUGCUGUGCUACUCCAUCGCUGUAUUCCUAAUCGUGGGCUGUGGGCUCGGGGGUGUCGGCCUCCUUUCCACCACCACCAGCGUCUCAAGCGAAUGGCGGCUUGGUGUGGGCACGGCACUCUGCCUGCUUGCCUUGGGGGUUUUGCUCAAACAGCUGCUCAGUUCAGCAGUGCAGGACAUGAAUUGCAUUCGAAGCCGUCAGCAGAUUGACAUGCUCAAAAGUGGAGGCUUAUCUGAUUUCCUUGUGGUUUUGGUUGCUGGAAUCUCCAUGCUCAUCUGUGGUGGGGUUCUGCUACAUCUGGCCCUGGUGAACCAUAUGCCCAAACCAGGCCAAGCGCUUAAUGAUAUGUACGUCUCUGGUGUGGUGCUGCUGACUGGAGGGGGGGCUGCUGUUCUGGGUGUUGUAAUUUACUCUCUUGUGGUCAUCCUGCUUGAGAGGACACGGCCUGGACGAAGGUUUGUGGACAGGAUGUUGAACAUCUUCACCAUCUCUGGGCACAUGGACAACCGGGCUCGUAGAGAAACUACCUCAAGCCUGGCUAAUCUCAUAUGAGAUUAAACAGCAUGACAUCUGCCUCUUUUGUGUUUUAGCACCUAAUUUCUGUACAUGAAACUGAUUUCCAAUCCUUUCUUGGGACAAAAAGACGUGGAGAUGACACAUCCUUUCCAGGCUGACAUUUUGCUCUAUUUUUUGUCACCAGCGGAAGCCAAACCUGGGCAAAAAGAAUGACAUUUAUCCAGGAAAAAAAAACUGAAAAAAAAGAUAGUAGACUUAGACACAAAGUGUUAUAGUGUAGUUCCAAAGCCACAUAAUGCUGCAUUUAAAUGUUCAACUAAGCACACCUAAAAAUUUUACAUUCAUUCUGGACAAAAAUGCUGAACUCUAGCCCAUGAACUUUUGGCUUGGACACCGUUGUGCAUCACCACCAACUGGAAAACAAGUAAGUCAGUAGGAGAACAAUGUAAAAAAAUCCUGCAAUUGAUGAUUUUACAUACUGAACUGUGUGCUGAGGAUUAAUUUAGAAUUGGACUCACAUCUUUAAAACUACUAAAAUUAUUUUGUGGUAUUAAAAAAAAAAUCUUCAUGAUGGAGUUUAAAUUGACAGCGUGGUCUAGUAGUUGUUGACACAUUUAACUCACAGUUCUGAGGUUUGGGGUUGGAAUCUCGCCUUCAGUCUUACUGUGUCGUAUUGACGUAUUCUCCAUGUGUGGGUUUUCUCUGGAUACUCCGAACUCCUCCCGCAUUCUGAGAGAUAUAUAUUAUAGGUGAGUUGAGGAGUGACUGUAAUUGUCUAUCGUUAUGAUGGAAAGUGGAUGAAUGAUCAAUGGCUGUAUCUGAUGUUUUUGUACUGCAAGCCAUUUAUUGAAAGAAAAAUGAAGUGAGAUAAUUUAUAUUAAAGGGAUAGGCUUUCGUGACCAUCCUUGGUCUGUGUGCCCUAUGAAUGGAAGAAAAAUGAAAAAUCACAUGAGCUUGAGUUUAACAAAAAUAAAUCUUUUUUUAACCUUG